CCAGGAACCCGCCUCUUUUGUCUCUACCCCCACACUAUCCGCUCUCGGCGAGUCUUUCCUCCACAUCUCCUCCGAUGGCCGCCGCCGGCGCCGCGCGGGCGAUCUUUUGCGAGCUCGGGGUGGGUGCCCCCAGGAAGGAAUCGCCGGCGAUGCCGAGGCUCCGAUCGGCGGACCCCUCGCCGGAGGGCGGGAAGAUCGUGCUCCAGCCCCGCCUCUGCACGCUGAGAUCGUACAGCUCCGGAGCUCGCGAUGGUCUCAUCAGGCCUCUCAAAGACGCCGAAUCCUCCCCCUUCUUCGCCUCUCUCGCCGAUUACAUCGAGAGCUCGCGGAAGAGCCACGACUUCGAGAUCGUUUCCGGUCGCCUCGCCAUGGUUGCAUUUGCCACAGCAGUGUCCAUAGAGGUGGUGACAGGCAACUCCCUCUUCAAGAAGCUGGACUUACAACAGAUAGCUGAAGCAGCAGGGGUGUGUGUGGCUGUUGUCGCCUCCGCUGCCACCUUUGCAUGGUUCUCGAGUGCUCGGAACAGGAUCGGCCGGAUGUUCACUUUAGGAUGCAACGUCUUCGUCGAUUCCCUCAUCGACAACCUAGUUGAAGCCUUAUUCUAUGAGAGCGAGCUCAGUGACUGGUCUGACGAGAUGUAGUGGACCGUCCAAACUCGCUCUCAAGAGUACUGUUAUAAACAAAAUAUACGAAGUAGCUAACAAGUGCUUCUAGGGAUCCAUGCAUCAUUGGUGUAUGCUGUGCAACAAAUGGGCAAUAGAAAAAACACUUUGGGAAUAGUUACUCCAUUAGGCACUGGUUGAUUUCAAAUGUACUACGGAGCCAUAAGGGUCAUCAUACGGUCAUACUUUGCUGGGGUUGGAAAAUCCCUUCUAAUGUAUUGGGAAGCUGCUGUGGGGGCACAUUUGUAGCUUGUACGUGAACAGAUACAAGCAUAUAAACAAGACAACUAUUGGGUUUGAAAUUGCUAGCAGGCUGUGGAGAGAUGUUUCCUUGCAUUUCCUGUCAAAAGAACAUAGUACCAUGUAAUGUUUCCAAUUUCCAAAGGGACCUAUACAAUGAAUUUCCUUCUGCCA